AUGUCCUGUCCUCAUUUGGCUCCUACUACUCCUGGCAGUGACCCUUGCUCUAGUCCAGAGCCCCAGUCUGAGAAAAAACGGCUGCCAUUGUCAUCAUCAUCCUUGGAGUCUUGUUCAUCACCAAGCAAACCAUCGAGAAGGUCAAAGAGACUGGCCGCCAAAACUGUCGAUUCUAGUAGCUCUGUAUACCAACAAUCUGGAUUCUGUCCUGCUCCUGAGAUAUUACUACACAUAUUCUCAUACUUUCCCCAAUGGCAAGACACGACUUCACUACUAGCCUGCUUAUGUGUUUCAAAACAAUGGAAGGAAUUAGCUGCUCCCUUCUUAUACAGGCACGCAUGGACUCGCAGGGUUCUGGCUCGAACAGCCCUUCCCCAAUUCAAACAAACGGCGGUAGACUGGCCACGCUUAUGUCUCCUAGUCCUCGCAGGUCUCAAAUCUAGUGCCUCGGCAUGCCUAGGCGCUCCACGAUUAUUCUAUGUAGAAGUCCCAGAAGCCAAUGAAUCAGUUGACGAAGAUGAAGGUGCCGCUUGGGUGAAUGUAGAUGCCAUUGCAUCAAAGGCAAUGGAUCGUAUAGAAGACGGUAUUCGAAAUCACCCAAACCCAGAGGAUCCGAAAUGGGAAUCUAUACUAGCUUGUACAAUGGAUUUCAGAGAUUUUAUACGUGAUGCUGCCAAUCUGCCUCAUUCCAGUUCAUCUACUACGACUCUGGCUACCGUUGCUGAACUUGAAGGGUGUGCUGAAGGAGCAUCAAGUAAUACAUUCCCAACUAUUGGUAAUAACUACAACAAUAAUAGUAAUAAUUAUAAUAGUGGCAGCAGUAGUAGUAAUGGUACUGCAGCAGCACGAGAGCCCACAACACCUACAACAUCAGAUGGCCGAUUCGGGUUUGGAAGUACACCACCACCACCAUUAGCUCCACCACUUGUAUCAUAUGCUUUUGCUAGAAGACGACUCGCUGCAGGACAAGAUCCUGCUCGUAUUCCUGUACUUGUAAAAUGGUCUGAGAAAUGGGAUGUAGGUACUUACUUUGUAUGGGCUGAUCUCAGUGCUGGUCGAGGUGCUGUGCUCUUGCGUUGUAAACCUACUGAUGAUGGACGAGUGAUUGUAUGGGAUGCUUGCACGUUUGGCACUUGUAACAAGUGUCAUUGUCGAUUGCCAAAGAUUCAGUCUUGUGCUCAAUGUCGUAUUGCCCAGUAUUGCUCUCGUGAAUGUCAAAGAGAAGAUUGGUUCAACGUUCAUAAAAAGGAGUGCCUUUCUCUUGCAUAUACGCCAGUGAUUCCAGACGGAGGCUCAGAUUUCGAGAUGUAG